UUUGAUGAGAACUCUACGACCAUAGCCUGAAUCAGAGAGUGAGUCCCAUUGGAUUGGGCGUUUAUGGAGCCUUAAUUGUUGAGUGAUGAUGACGGCUGGUGUUAUCAUGUACUUUACUGUUUACUGCACUUUUUGGAUCUGAAAAGUGUUUUGCAACAGUUUUGCUUAUCGUUUAUGUUGUCUCUCUCUCCCUCUCCUCUCUUUCUCUCUCUGAUCUCCAGGUACUCUUCCUGUGUGUAAACUCCGUCCACCAUCUCCACCAUCUCCAUGGCCUCCAGACCCGCCCUCUCCUUCCUAUUGGCCGUGCUGGCCUGCACGGGGCCUGCACGCCCCUCCCCUCCCCUGCUGCUUCGCCCACGGGAGAGAGAGAGGGACUCGGGGGGCGUGUCCGGCGGCGUCAACAUCGCCGUGGUACACUCGGGCUCCUCCCUGCUCCCGGAAGCGAACGGCAGCGGAGGGGGCGCUCGUGGCAGCGUCGGUGUUGGUGGGGGCGGGGCCUCGGGCCGCGGAGGGGGGGGCUGGGCUGGCACCGUGGGCGACAGUGUGGUGACGGCCUCAGGCUCGGCAAACGUCAUCUGGCUGACAGUGAACGAGAGCAGCCCCGGAAGCCUGCUCUUGCAGCUGUGUGACCUGCUGGCCACCACGCCGCUGCAGGGCCUGGUGUUCGAGGAGGACCGCCCACCCCCACCUGACCGCGCCCCACUGGCGCCAAUGCUCGAGUUCGUCUCCGCGCAGACUGGCGUGCCCAUCGUGGCCGUGGGCGGAGGGGCGGGGCUUGGCAGAGAACCCCAGGAGAGUGGCUCCAUCUACCUGCAGUUCACAUCCUCCACUGCCCUGCAGCUGGAGGUCAUUUUUGAGGUGCUGGAGGAGUACGACUGGACGGCCUUCUCGGUGGUGUCCACACGCUACCACGGCUACGAAGACUUCCUUGACAUGGUGGAGGGCAUCACGGACGGCUCGUUCAUCGGGUGGGACAAGAAGAGCAUGGUGAUGCUCAACCUCACCGGGGACCCUGGGGGCGUGCAAACCCGCCGGAUGCUGAAGGAGAACGAGGCCCAGGUGCGUCUGCUGUACUGUUCUCAGGAGGAGGCCGAGCUGAUCUUCCGCGAAGCCCUGGCCUCAGGUCAGGCCACGUCGUCGCACCUGUGGUUUGCCGUUGGCCCGGCGCUCUCCGGCCUGGUCAUUGAUGGUUUGCCAAAGGCCCUGAUCACCGUGAGGCCCCAGGGCUGGAGGGACGAGCCCCGCCGGCGCAUCUCCAAGGGCGUGUCGGUUCUCACCCACGGCGCCAUGGCCCUCAGACGGGAGUUGGGCAGCCAGAGGUGGACGAGCUUCGCUGGCAACUGCAACACGGAUGGGAACACGACGCAGAGGAUACCACAUAGGAUCAGGUACUUUAGCAACAUAACCCUGGGUGGACGGGACUACUCCUUUAACAAUGAAGGCUACCUGGCCAAUCCGCUGCUGGAUGUCGUCUGGUACUCAGCAGGGAGAGGCUGGGAGGAGGUGGGUGUUUGGGAGAACGGAAUCCUGAAGCUGCGAUACCCGCGCUGGUCCCGCGACGGCGUCUUCCUCAAACCACUGGACAAUGCCCAGCACCUGCGCGUAGUGACGCUGGAGGAGAGGCCUUUCGUCAUCGUGGAGCCGGCUGACUCCGCCUCAGGCUGCAUACGUGAUUCGGUCCCCUGCAGACUGUCUUUCAACUCCAGUGUGGUGGCGGAGGGCACCACAUCCAUGAAGCACUGCUGCAAAGGCUUCUGCAUCGACGUUCUCAAGAGAUUGGCCAAGAUAGUGGGCUUCACCUAUGACCUGUUCCUGGUGACUAACGGCAGACAUGGGAAGAACAUUAAUGGGGAGUGGAACGGCAUGGUCGGGGAGGUGGUGGCCAAGCGGGCCGACAUGGCCAUAGGCUCCCUCACCAUCAAUGAGGAGAGGUCGGAGGUCGUGGAGUUCUCCGUGCCCUUCGUAGAGACGGGGAUCAGCGUCAUGGUCUCCCGUAGUAAUGGCACCGUCUCACCCUCAGCCUUCCUGGAACCCUACAGUCCUGCGGUGUGGGUGAUGAUGUUUGUCAUGUGCCUGUCGGUCGUCGCGGUGACCGUCUUCCUUUUCGAAUUCUUCAGUCCGGUCGGGUACAACCGCAGUCUGCAGAAUGGAAAAAAGGCAGGAGGCUCUAAGUUCACCAUAGGCAAGUCCGUGUGGCUGCUGUGGGCCCUUGUGUUUAAUAACUCUGUGCCUGUGGAGAACCCCAAAGGGACCACCAGCAAGAUCAUGGUGCUGAUCUGGGCUUUCUUCGCCGUCAUCUUCCUCGCCAGCUACACAGCCAACCUGGCCGCCUUUAUGAUCCAAGAGGAAUACAUCGACACAGUGUCAGGGCUCAGUGACAAAAAGUUCCAGAACCCCUCUGAGCAGUACCCACCACUGCGCUUCGGCACCGUCCCCAACGGCAGCACGGAGGAGAACAUCCGCAGCAACUAUCCUAACAUGCACCAGUACAUGGUCAAAAACAAUCAGAGAGGAGUGGAGGAGGCCAUAGAAAACCUGAAGACAGGCAAGCUGGAUGCCUUUAUUUACGAUGCAGCCGUGCUGAACUACAUGGCUAGGAGGGACGAUGGCUGCAAGGUGAUGACCAUUGGCUCGGGGAAGGUGUUUGCGACUACCGGCUACGGCCUCGCCCUGGCCAAGAACUCCCGCUGGAAGCGACCUCUGGACCUGGCUCUGCUGCAGCUGGUGGGAGAUGAUCAGAUCGACAUGCUCGAGCGUCUGUGGCUGUCUGGGAUUUGUCAUAAUGACAAGAUUGAGGUCAUGAGCUCCAAGCUGGACAUCGACAACAUGGCUGGCGUGUUCUACAUGCUCCUGGUGGCCAUGGGCCUCAGCCUGCUGGUCUUUGCCUGGGAGCAUCUGCUCUACUGGAAGUUACGGCACUGCUUCGGUCGUCAAGGCGGAAUGGACUUCUUGUUGGCUUUUAGCAGGGGAAUGUACAGUUGCUGUAAUUUUGAGGAUGAAACAUCACCUGGAGGCAAUCAAGGCACACUUCCUCUGUAUCAUCAUGUACCUCCACCACCACCACCACAGUUCAUCUCUACAGGUGUAGCCAACACAUCUAUGGCUAUGGCAACACAACAGCAGCAACAGCAAAAACACCACCAGCAGCAACAGCCACAGCCACCGCCUGUGUACAGUUCGCUUAUUCAUGGUUCACCUCCAGCAACUGUGCAUUCUGGGAUGGCCCUUGGACCAUCCAACAGUCCCAUUUUGGGGGCACCCAUGCCUUGCUCAACGUUUCUCCCACGUCAUGAUCGCAGACUCGCUGUGGUGGACCGCUGGACUCGCCCCAAGGCUGGCCCUGAGAAAUCCAUUGGCGUCGGUGGUGGUAUCACAGAGCUCUCGCAGUUCCCACAAGGCAUGGCCCCACACUGGGCUGGAGGAGAAAGAAGCCUUGAUGAGUAUAAGCGCUACUAUGGUCCCAUCGAUCCUGAAGGCUUAGGAGCUUCUGCAGAGCCACAGACGGCUAUAGCCCAGACCCCGAAGACUACUCAGAGAGGAACAAAGUCUGCGGUAAACCCACGGGUACUUCCAAAAGUCCAACCACCAAAGCUGGCCUUGCAUGGUUCACCUCAACGGCCGGCUUCUUUGUGGAGGAAAAGCAGCCUUUCAAAGAGGAAAGACUCUGGAGGGCCUCUUUACGAGAACAUCCUACCUUUAGGGAGGAGAGGUGGAGGGCGGAAUGGAUUGAGGGAAGGAGGUGGAAGAAGAGGCCGUCGUCCUCCUCCUAUCCCCCUUCCAGUGCCUGUCCCGCUCUCUUCUCCUACCCAGACUCCUCCUUCUCCCUCUCCUUCGUUAUGUUACACCACCUCCGCCUCAACCACAUCCAGCACAUCGUCCUCUUCUUCAUCUGAUUCUCUCUCCCGUUCCAACUCGCCUUCCUCUUCUACGUACACAUCGUCGCAGAGUUUUAGGUACAGAGGUGGUGCGGUGAGGGAUAUCUAUGGGGAUUUUGACACUGAUGAGCUAACUGAGGAGUCCAGCCUGCUGCUGGGGAGAAGGAAGGGUCGCUCCCGUAUGUCAUCUCGCUCUCUUCCCUGCAGCCCCCCUCCUCCGCCCAUACCACCCCGCAAACCACGCCAGCCAAGGGAGAACGGCCGAGACAGAACCGGAACCCAGUUGGCACAACUGCAGGAGUGGUGGGCAUCCUGGGGAGAGAAAGAGAGGGGCAGAAGAACAGUGACGAGAGAAGACAGGGAGGAAAAACGACACCACAAGGAAAGAGAGCGUGAGAGGAGAAGAAGAAAGAAAGGCAGGAAGAAAAAGAAGAGAGAAGAGCGCGAAAGGGAGCAGGAACGCAAAAGACGCAAGGCUAAGAAAAAGAAGAAGAAAGAGGAGAAGAGGCGAGAAAAGGAAAGACGACCUGAACAGGAUGAGGGAAUUAUAGAUAGGAAAGAGGAGUAUGAAAAAAGGAUGUCACAAGACUACUCCUACCCUGGCUUGAGGCGCAGCUCGUUCCGUAAGAAAAGUGAAAGCUCCAGCAGGAGUUAUGACCGGGACAUAACAAGAGACGAGUUGAGACACGAGAGAAUUGAUGAACGUGGAGAUGAUGGGAACGACGGCAGAGGAAGGGAAAGGCAAAGGAGCCCUCUAUCUCAUGAAGCUAGGCAGCGAGCCCUUGUCAAGCGAUAUCCAUCCUCUAGCAAACCCUCAACUGCAGUCAAGUUCUGGGGAAGUGGGAACCCCAAACACGCUCCUUCAUCUUCUUCGCUUUUACCCCUUCUCCCGCUUUCCUCCAAACGCCGGAAAUCUGUUGGCAGUGAAAAAGAGGGCAAGGGGAGGGGAGUGGAGAGUCGACCCCUACUGGGGAGGAAUGGCAGGAGCAGGGCACGGUCAAGAGAAGGCAUAUCACUGCAUGAGUGGGAUUCAGACGAGGAGGAUGAGGAAGACGCGUCUGAGGUGGACAGAGGAAGAGGAGAGAAUCACGGACGCAGACGUGAAGGAAGAGGGAUGGAGUCAGAAUCUGACAGGAGCCGGGAGCGGGAGAAGACCAUUGAGAUAUACACAGAUGAUGAAGGCUCGUCGGGAGAGUUUGGGAAGUUUGAGAGAUACUGGGAGGGUCAUGAGGAAAGAGCUGUUGGAGGAAUUGGUGGUGGAGGAUGGUUCUUUGGCACUUACCCUGCCCGCGAAAAAGGAAGCAGCAUUAACAGCCGAGAUGACUCUUUUGUGGGAUUGGGGCCAGGAGAGGGCAACUGGGGUUUGGGAAGUAGUUCACGUCAGUGGCCACCACCUACGUUGACUCCCCCACCACCGAGAAGAUACUGGUCUGUGGAUAAGCUACCGGUAAAGAGUGAAAAGAAAGUCAAGAACAGGUCCCAGGACAACAGCAAGGGCCACACAGCUUGCAGCUGCCACUCUCCACACCAUAUGGGGAAAUCCCACUCCAAGUGGAGUAGGGUGACAUCUCGGAGUCAGGAGGACCUACACCCUCACUGCCAGAGCAGCAGCAGCACCCGGCCUAAACACCAGACGCCCAAACCCGACCGGUCCCAAGGCCAAGCCAAUACCGGGAGCCAGUUGAACCUCAGUGUCCAGAGACCGCAGCGGUCAGACCGCAACCGGCAGCCCUCACCUCCACAGGCUCUGAUCACUCCCCUCAUGGCCCCAUCCCUCCCCGCCCUCCCCCCGCCACCCUCCUCCUCCCACCCCAUACAUGUGCCUCCACCCACGUCGUCCUCGUCAGUCUCAUCCCCAUCUGUGGUCUCCUCAACCCCCGGGGCCCCUCAGCCCUCCUCCAUGUCAUCGUCCAGCGCCAAACUGCAGUACCAGAGACUGCGGUCAGUGCCCCAGCGGUUCCAGUCCCCUCAUCCCCCCCUGAAAACCAAGAGCUUGUGCUCCCGUCGGGGCUCUGCACACUUCUCCAGCGUGGAGAGUGAGGUCUGA